UAGGAACCUGUUAGAAGGGCAUAUUCUGGAGCCCUACGCCAGACGUACUGAAUCAGAAACUUUGUAGCGGGGCCCAUCAGUCUGAGUUUUAACAACCCCCAAGUGAUGCUGAUGCACACUUAAAUUUGAUAGUCACUGCCCUAGAUAUUCCAGGCGUGGUGCUGGAAGGACCUUGCGACCAACCAGCUUUCCCUUUUCGCCCUAGAAUGGGUAAUUGGGGAGCUCACUGCAGUUCCUCCCGCAAAUGGGAAGGUUGUUUACGAGAGGCACACACAUUUCGCUAUAUUUAAGGCGCAGGAAGUUGUUCCUGUACUCUAGGUCAAGGGGUCGCUUCCCCUUUUGCCUCCACCUGCACCAAAUCGCCGACUGGGUUGAAUUUGAGACCCAGCAGGGGUCGCUGCUGCCCACAAAGAAAGACCGAGGGAGCGUGGCAAGCGAAGCCCAGAAUCUUUGACAUCACACUAAGCUCCUCCUUGCACGCACACAUUAUACACACACACAAACAUAUACAGACACACACACAGACGCCGUACUCCUCUCUGGCCGCUCGCUCCCACUACCCCCGAGCCGGCCCCUCCCGCGGCAAGCGUGUGCCGGGCGCAGCCACCCGGCGAAGCGAGGAGCGAAGCGCCCAGAGCCCGAGGAACCGGCGCGCAGCAGUAGCGGCCGCCGCGCCUGCAGCCGGACUCGCUCGCCCGAGCGCUCGGCGGCGGCGACGGGGACACCCAAGGCAGCACCCCGGGCUCCGAACAGCCGCGCCCGCGCCCGCGCCCGCCGGGGCUGGAGGGCGCAGAGCCGCCACCUCGCACGCUCCUGGCCCUCCUGUCACCCCUAUGAGAGAAGGAGAAGCCGGUCGAAGGAGCAGGACGCUCGGCAGCUGGACUCCUCUGCAAGGCCGGAGCGCCCCCUCCUCCUGCGCCCCUCCGGGGCCCGAGGAAUGGUAUACCGCCUUCGUGAACAUCACCUACGCCGAGCCCGCGCCGGACCCCGGGGCCGGGGUGGCGGGCGGCGGCGGCACCGAGCUGCACACCGAGAAGACCGAGUGCGGGCGCUACGGGGAGCACUCACCCAAGCAGGACGCCCGCGGGGAGGUGGUCAUGGCUACCUCGGCCCACGACCGCCUGGCCUGCGACCCCAAUACCAAGUUCGCCGCCCCAGCCCACGGCAAGAACUGGAUAGCCCUCAUCCCCAAGGGCAACUGCACGUACAGGGAUAAGAUCCGGAACGCGUUCCUGCAGAACGCCUCCGCUGUGGUCAUCUUCAACGUGGGCUCCAACACCAACGAGACCAUCACCAUGCCCCAUGCAGGUGUAGAAGACAUCGUGGCAAUAAUGAUUCCUGAGCCAAAAGGGAAGGAGAUAGUAAGCCUGCUGGAGAGAAACAUCACCGUGACGAUGUACAUCACCAUCGGAACCCGGAACUUGCAGAAAUACGUGAGCCGCACUUCGGUUGUGUUUGUCUCCAUCUCCUUCAUUGUCCUGAUGAUCAUUUCCCUCGCAUGGCUCGUCUUUUAUUAUAUCCAGAGGUUUCGAUAUGCAAAUGCCAGGGACAGGAACCAGCGCCGCCUGGGAGAUGCAGCCAAGAAAGCGAUCAGCAAGCUCCAGGUCAGAACCAUCAAGAAGGGUGACAAGGAAACAGAGCCGGAUUUUGACAACUGUGCGGUUUGCAUUGAAGGGUACAAGCCCAACGACAUUGUCCGGGUCUUGCCCUGCCGGCAUCUUUUCCACAAGUCCUGUGUUGACCCCUGGCUUCUAGACCAUCGCACCUGUCCCAUGUGCAAGAUGAACAUUCUUAAAGCCCUAGGGAUCCCGCCCAAUGCCGACUGCAUGGACGACUUGCCCACCGACUUCGAGGGAUCUCUGGGAGGUCCACCAACCAACCAGAUCACCGGUGCGAGCGACACGACCGUAAAUGAAAGUUCAGUCACUUUGGACCCUGCUGUCCGGACUGUGGGAGCCUUACAGGUGGUCCAGGAUACAGAUCCCACCCCACAGGAGGGAGAAAUCAUCUUUACUACCAACAGUGAGCAGGAACCGGCUGUAAGCAGUGAUUCUGACAUCUCGCUAAUUAUGGCAAUGGAGGUUGGACUGUCUGAUGUAGAACUUUCCACUGACCAAGAUUGCGAAGAGGUGAAAUCUUGAAAUGGCAAAUACAGAAAACAGAGAUGGUAGGACCCAAGGGGAAGGAAGAGAGGAGUGCCCCCAAGACUUGGACCGGGCACACACACCUCCAGAACACGUUGGCAACUCCAACGGCGCUCCCCUCAAGAAUGGUAACGAAAAGCAAUAUCCAAAGUCACGUUCAUCAGGAUGCAGUUUCUCCAUCUCUGCAACAGUCCAUGGCCUUGGCAGCUGGGAAGUUGAAAGCUGAUUUUCCCUUCCAUGUCCUUGUAGACACACACUUCAGAAGCUCCUAAAACAGACUGAAGGACAGUAUUAGGGCUUCUUAGUUUCAUUUCCAUUUUUUCCAGGUCUUGUUCUCUUGUUUUUUGGAAUGUCGUUUGAUUUCUUUGGCAGUUUCCUUUUAAAGGCUGUGUGUAGUUUACUUUACAUCCACGUCUUUGUUUUUCCUUUGACUCACUCCAGCUUUUGUAUAGAGUUCCAUUUAGAAGCACCAGUUCUUGCUAUGAUGAGUUUGUAUUCCAUCUCUGAGAUUAAUGGCCUUGACCUCUCAGCCUGAAGUGUGCAUGGCUUUGGGAAGUGCCUCAGCACCCUGAAACAGUCUAAGGACAGCUUUCAUUAAGAAUCUAAAUUCUUUUAAGUGGAUUUUGAAGAUCCCAGCUGCCAGAGAUCCCCAACACUAAACUCUGAAUCUGCUGAGGCCACUGCUCCUUAUUUUCAGCUACAUCACCCUGGCUUCCACUUGCCAGGCUCUGUUAAGGGUCCUUGUGACAUGAGAAGGAAGCUCUAGUGGGGCACGUCAAUUUGUCUGGGCCUUACAGUCUUUGGCUGAAAUUCUGAACUCAGAAGUGCCCUCCAGAGCAUUAACUCCAUUCUUCAUGGCUGUAGGGCUUGUAACUGGGACUGCAAGCCUGGUCUUAAGACCAGACACCACAUAUUCUUCUCAAAAGUAAAAUGUCUGUUGUAUUGGUUUCCCCAAGGCUAGAACAGUCCUUUGUUACCUCUACAAGUGGCUUCUGCAGCAGAUGGAAGCUUUAGAAAAGAUCCAAUCAUCUUUGAGCCCAGUCUCCAAUGCAGUGGGGGCUGCAAAAGCACCUAGCUUUUACUUUAGUUCCAACACACUUCUAUUAAAGCUUGCCAGACCUCGAGGAAGGAUUUAGGUGAAUCCUUAGAAAAUUGCUUACCAGGGCUUCCUGAGUGCAUCCAGAUACCAAGUGAGAAGGAGGUGUGAUUUGAUACACCAUUUGAUCUAAAAGGUACAGCAUGGAAAUUUGCUAAAUCAAGUUUCUCCUGACUGAGAGAGACAAAGAGGGAAAGGAAAAGAGGUAUCAGAUGAAUACUAAAACCCACCGGCGUUUUUAAACUGUUUAUGUUUUUAUUCUUUUUUUGUAACUAUGACAGAGAUGUGCUAUUUUUUCAGUGGGCAAUUUUGUAAUACAUGUAGACUCUACAGGUGCAGAGAUGACUAAGGUAGUGAAUAGUUUUCUCUGGACAAUCUUGGAUCACCUCAUCCUCUGUAAGAAGGCCGUGCUGCUGCUUGGGGAAACUAGG